GUCCUGCAAAAUAGUGCUCCCUAUCAACCAGACAAAGCUUUUUACACAUGGCAAAAUAGUGCUCCCUAUCAACCAGACAAAGCUUGGAUUCAGUCGGCCACGCUUAAAUUAUAAAGGUUGUGACUUCACUCCUUCAAUGUCCCCUUUUCAUUUCUCCGCUGUGGCCCUUGGGACCGUGCGAAGAAGGGUCCGGACAGACUCCCCAGGUCCAGAGAGUAGGCUGUGACAGCGUGCCGUCAUGUCGGGUCGCUCCGCCGCAGAGAUGGAUGACUCGCAGGAGCUGCCGGCCAAGAAAGCAAAGCUUGAAUUAGACCGUGGACUGGAAAAAGACCAAAGUCAUUUGAGUAAUGAUGGAAGUCCGAGUACUGUGUUAGCUCCAUCAGAGCAGGCUAGCUCUUACUCCACCCUGUCCAUCUCCCAACUUGACACAGGGCAUCGGGAACAGUCUGAAGCGGAGAGAGUGGUGGCGCCUCAAACAUGCGGCAACUCCUUGAACUCGUACGCGCAUCCUGCUACAGACACAACGGCAGCACCUGGAUACACCCAGCAAGUGUAUGAAGGAAGCAACCCCGUGGUGACGGCAUACCCCAGCCAGGUGGCCUUCCCUCCGCUGGCCCAGUCCACUGGAUACUCCGCUUUUCCCCAGACGGGACAAACCUACGGCCUCCCUCCCUUUGGUGCUAUGUGGCCAGGCAUAAAAACAGAGACAGGUCCGCCAGAGGCGCCCUCUGGUGGCCAGCCUGGGUUUCUCAGCUUCAGCACCACAUAUACCUCAAGCCAGCCAAGUCAGCUGCACUACUCAUACCCCAGCCAAGGCUCAAGUUUCACCACAUCCAGUGUGUACUCCAACAUCCCCUCAGCUCCAGCUGCAACAACUGCAUCCACCACAGUGGCCCUCCAGGAAUUUAGCGGCUACAACUCUCUGGGUCAAAGCCAGUUCUCGCAGUACUACAGUCUGCCUCCGAGUUUCGUGCCGGCCGGCCUGCCCAGCACCGAAGACCACGGCGCCACUGUGGGAGGCGCAGUGUACUCGGCGGUCAAGUCCGAGGAGGCCGCCUCAGCCGGACUGCCCCCGAGAGAUGCGUCCCCACCAGAAAACCUCCCUGCAGGCGCCGCUCUGCCCACCAGUGUAGCUCACCCUGCUGGCGCUAGAGACCAAGAUGACGUCGGACGCAGGAACUCAGUGGGAAAAGCGAAAGGAAAGGGCAAAAAGUGCGAUAGCUCCCCACCUGCUGACACUGACCUGGAGCGCAUCUUCUUAUGGGAUCUGGACGAGACCAUUAUUAUAUUCCACUCACUGCUCACAGGCUCUUUUGCACAAAAAUUUGGCAAGGAGCCAGCAACCAUGCUGAACCUGGGCUUGCAGAUGGAAGAGUUCAUCUUUGAGCUGGCCGACAACCACCUUUUCUUCAACGAUUUAGAGGAAUGUGACCAAGUCCAUGUUGAAGAUGUGGCUUCUGAUGACAAUGGACAAGAUCUAAGUAAUUACAAUUUCUUGGCGGAUGGAUUUAAUGGCCCCAGUGGUGGAGGGACAGCAGGAGCCGCCACAGGCGUCCAGGGAGGCGUGGAGUGGAUGCGCAAGCUGGCUUUUCGCUACCGCCGCCUAAAAGAGAUUUACAACGGCUACAAGGCAAAUGUGGGAGGCCUGUUGAGUCCCAUGAAAAGGGAGCUGCUUUUGCGACUGCAGUCCGACAUCAACAACGUCACAGACUCGUGGCUCAACACUGCGCUCAAGUCCCUGCUGCUCAUCCAGUCCAGGGGAAAGUGUAUUAAUGUCUUGGUCACCACCACUCAGCUCGUUCCAGCUCUGGCUAAAGUGCUUCUCUACGGUCUGGGAGAUGUCUUCCCUAUAGAGAACAUCUACAGCGCCACAAAAAUAGGUAAAGAGAGUUGCUUCGAGAGGAUCGUCUCUCGCUUCGGGAAGAAAGUGACGUAUGUUGUCAUCGGAGACGGACGCGAUGAGGAGUUUGCGGCGAAACAGCACAACAUGCCUUUCUGGCGGAUCUCCACUCAUGGCGACCUUGUGUCCCUGCACCAAGCUCUGGAACUGGACUUCUUGUAAAGGAGGAGGGGCGGCACACUAAAAUGCGGGUGGGCGGGGAUGUAAUCACCAGUCAUUUUGUGGAGGGACACUGAUCAGCGCUGCGCACACGCAUUUGUGAUGUACCAUGUGAUGAUAAAACGUACGGAGGGGAGCACUCUCUAUUCUUUGGCAGCUAAUCUCGCCACAGAUAAAACCUGGUCCUCCUCGAGAAGAAUACGUAAAGGAACAUCUCGUAAAAUUGCAAUUACCAAAGGGCCUUUACUAAAAGUGUGCAGGUUUUUGUUUCUCAUCCCCCCAAGAAAUUUGCACUCGUUCUGUUUGCACUCAUUUUGCCUGUCAUUCAUAAAGAAGCUUUGGUUUGAAAUGAGGAAGUAGUACUUCUAAUGGAUAGUAUUAGUCAUUAAAAGGUUUUCAGAGUUUCAAAAUGGCAUCUGGGAGUCCUCAAAUACUCACCUGUUGGCCCUUUGGCUUCCAUAUAGCACAAGCCCAAGUGUCCUUCAAGAGUUUUUUCCGUGUGUAUUCAGUUGAAUUGUUGGCGUUGCGUAGGGACGAAUGUGACCCUUGUAAAUAAUCAUUUUGUAUUUUCUUUCUUUUUUUGUUUUUUUUAAUAAGCCCCCCCCCAGCCUGACUCCAUUCGUGUACAAGUAGACACUUAGUUGGCGUCAUCGUUCUUCUCUUUUCUCUCGUCACAACGGACAAAACCGGCUGAACUGGAACUCAAUCCUUAGUGAGUCACGUGACUCUAUUUAUACCUAUAAAACAAAGGAAUGUCCAAAAAAAAAUGCAAACAUAAAUGUGCUCGGAUUGUCGUACUUUUGGUACAUGACUCAAAACGGGGGUGUCCUAAGACUAGUUUUUUUUAUUCAGUCACAGACAAAAAUAAUAUAAGUUUUUUUCAAAUAUACCCUCUUGAGAACCAGUGUCCUCAGCAGUGGACAUAUGUAUUUUGUUUCGAGCUGUCAAGCAAUUACUAUUAUUAUUUAGAAUCUUUUGAAUAUUUAUUAAAUUCCGAUUAAUCAUGAUUAUUAAUAGAAGGGGUCAAGGGUGCACCGUACUGUACCCACCAAGUUUGUCAAUACAGUACAGGCCGGACGUUUGGACACACCUUCUCAUUUCAAUGCCUUUUCUUUAUUUUCAAGACUAUUUACCUUGUAGAUUGUCACUGAAGGCAUCAAAACUUAUGACACCUGUGAAGUGAAAACCAUUUCAGGUGACUACCUCUUGAAGCUCAUCGACAGAACGCCAAGACUGUGCAAAACAGUAAUUGGAGUAAAGGGUGGCUAUUUUGAAGAAACUACAAUAUAUAACAUGUUUUCAGUUAUUUCACCUUUUUUUUGUCAAGUACAUAACUCCACAUGUGUUCAUUCAUAGUUGUGAUGCCUUCAGUUACAAUCUACAAUGUAAAUAGUCAUAAAAAUAAAGAAAACGUAAUGAAAUGAGAAGGUGCGUCCAAACUUUAGGACUAUAAUGUACAUUGGCCACACAAGUCUAUAAUUCGCCGGUGCACUCAUUGAAACAUGAAAUAUAAACAUUACGCGCUUGUGUUUAUUUACACAUUUACAAAAUACAAUGCCUGUAACACGACGUACAGUUGCUUUACGGAAAAGUCGAGCCGAUCGUCUUCAGACUGUAAUUUGUGCAUUUCUUCUCCAUGAUGAGUGUGAGUCCAUAAUGUGCUUAAUGGCCGACUGAAGUGUGAGCGCGUUUGAUUUUAAUGUUCGGUUUUUUGAUUUGAAGCUUGUGAACCCGGAAAAUCCUUAAAUUAGCAGCAGCGUUGUAAAAAGCAUGUAGAGUCCGGAAAUUACAUUAAAUUAAAUUCACUUUAAAAAAAAAUAUAUUUUUUUUAAACAAUAUUUUGAUGCAAACACAAUACAGGAAUAUGUGUUUUACUUUAAUAUAUGUCAUUUAUUUGCUUUUAACUUUGUUUUAUCUGCAGUCCCGUCUCAUUCAUCUUUGCACCGAUGAAUGAGGAGACAUUGACCCGAUUGCUAAAAAUCAGAUGCCGUAAUUAUGUAUAAACAUUGAAUAAUCACACCUUUUAUACCGAGCAACUUGAGCCCUUUUUACAUAACCUAAUCAUCUUUUAAGCCAAACUUUACGGUAAAAGUCCUUGUUUUUGAAGGGCAUGAAAAUGUUUUUUUUUUUUACUUUUUUGAUCAAAUUUUCAAAUAAACUUCAGUUCUAAACACAAAUAUCAAACAUGUAAUGUUUUUUAAUAUUAUUUUGACCCUUUUGAUGAGAAAAUGUCACAGAUUUAAAUUAGUAAAAUAACUCCAUCUAUUUUCUACCGCUUGUCCCUUUUGGGGUUGCGGGGGGUGCUGGAGCCUAUCUCAGCUGCAUUCGGGCGGAAGGCGGGGUACACCCUGGACAAGUCGCCAUCUCAUCGCAGGGCCAACACAGAUAGACAGACUACAUUCACACACUAGCGUCAACUCAUGUUAUGCAAAUGUGUGCUAAUUUUAAAAACUGAUAUAAUUUGAUCAAAGGGUUAAAAUGGUGAAAAAUAAAUAAAAACAUAAGAUAUUUGGUAUUUUUGUUGAUAGGCUUCAGCACCCCUCGCUACCCCAAAGUGACAAGCAGUAGAAAAGGGAUGUUUAGGACUAAAGUUAAUUGAAAGAUGUUAGCAAUUAAAAAAAAAAGGAACCCAAAAUUUUACAAAAGAAGGACUUAUGUCCUGUUUGGCUUUGAUGUUUUGGAUUAACUGCCAGUGAAUUGUAGACAUUUGAAGGAAUUGGACAUUCAAUGUUUUUUUUAUUUAACAUGAAAAAAAAUCAUGGAAUACAACAAAAAUUAGGGCAAAAGUAGAGCAAAAAUUUCCUGAAAGGAUAAGUAAGUCUUUCUUGCAUUAUUGUUGUAAUUAUUCUGUGUUUGUACAUUACUAAUGCAAUCAUUUUUGCCAUGAGUCGUAUGCGUUAUCUCUGACGGGCCUAAUUUUCAAGAAUGUGGAUUUUUUCCCCCUGAAAUAUAAUCUGUUAACAGAAGAAAAAGAGCAAAAACAACGUCAGUUCUCAGGAGGUUAUAUAACAUUUUUUUUUGUCACAAAAGGAGGACUUUAGAUACAGUAGGACUUCUCAUUCAAUGGCUUUUCUUUAUUUUCAUGACUAUUUACAUUGUAGAUUGUCACUGAAGGCAUCAAAACUAUGGAUGAACACGUGGAGUUAUGUACUUAAAAACAGGUGAAAUAACUGAAGUGAAGUGAGUUAUGUAGCGCUUUUUCUCUAGUGACUCAAAGCGCUUUACUUAGUGAAACCCAAUAUCUAAAUUACAUUCAAAGCAGUGUGGGUGGCACUGGGAGCAGGUGGGUAAAGUGUCUUGCCCAAGGACACAACGGUAGUGACUAGGAUGGUGGAAGCGGGAAUUGAACCUGCAACCCUCAAGUUGCUGGCACGGCCACUCUACCAACCGAGCUAAACCGAGCUUUUCUUAUUCAAACGGGGAUAGCAGGUCCAUUCUAUAUGUCAGACUUGAUUAUUUCGCGAUAUUGCCUUUUUUUCCUGAAACAUUGUAGUUUCUUCAAAAUAGCCACCCUUUGCUCGGAUUACUUCUUUGCACACUCCUGGCAUUCUCUCCAUGAGCUUCAAAAGCACACCUGUGAAGUGAAGACAAACUCCACAUGUGUUCAUUCAUAGUUUUGAGGCCUUCAGUGACAAUCUACAAUGUAAAUAGUCAUGAAAAUAUAGAAAAUGCAUUGAACUAAAAGGUGUGUCCAAACUUUUGACCUGCACUGUAUGUCCUUGCAACUUUUUUGAACUUUCCAAAUACAGUUCUGGACCCCUCGCCCCCUGCUUUUAAGGUUUGAAGCGGUACUUAACACGUGCAAUAGUUAGCUGUGGUUGGAGAAGAAAGGGUGGAACUUUCUCAUGAUGACUGAACAACGCUGAGCCUGAAGAUGUCGUCCGUACACACUCGCAGCUUUUUGGACCGUUCAGAAUGUUCUAUUUGUGUGUUUUUGUGUGACGUUUGCAUAUUUAUAUCGUGCCUUUACCCCCCCAUCUGUAUGCAUAAUCUCAAAGGGAAAUGUGUACCUUUUCUUUUUGUCGUGUCUUAUGUUAUCCUAUUCCUUCUUUUUCAUUCUCAAAAUGGUGUAUUUGACAGAACUUUUUGUUUUUGUUGUGCUAAGAUGUCGACAACCUCGGAGUGGCAAUCCCUUUUUGUUUUCAAAUAUACUCAAGAAAUGA